GUUCGGGCGGGCGGCGAGGCACGAGGCGGCGGGCGGGCUGUGGGAGGUACCGUUAGUGACGUCACUAUUGUGACGUCCCAGUCGUGACGUCAGACAGCGCGAUAUAGCCACCAGCCUCGGCGGCGGCGGCCUCAGUAUCGCACCGCCCGUCCGCCAGCGCGUACUUCCGCGCGCUCCUUCGCGACUAUCUACUACCGACUGACUGUGAGUGAGUGCGCGUGCAGUGAGUGCAAUGUGCUCGGCCGCAUGAGGAUCCUGCUAAGCGAACUAGGACUGUCUGGCGCGUGCCUCGGUCUGACCCUGGAGUCGCGCGCCGCUUCUCUGGAUCCUGACAAGAAAGCGCCAGGGCCGAGCGCCAUUGAGCCGCGCUCGCCAAGCGCUUUCACGUCAACCUCCUCCAGCAUGCUACUGCUGCAAACACACAGCAACUACGGUUCGUCCUUCACUGAUCUACUGUCACCGCAAUAUCAAGAAGACUCUUCUGAAAUUUUAGAAGAAAACUUAGAUCCAUUUCCCGACGUCGAAUUCCAUGCACCUAUUCCACCUGAGGUUAAAUCUCAACGAACGACUCCAGUGAGUGAAACUCCAUCACCUACACUCGGACCAGCAUUACCCAGUUUUGAAGAAACAUAUUCAGUUCGCUAUCCGAAACAAGAAAUGGCUGAAUUCGGAUUAAAAAUGGAUGAAGACUGCUACAAUGUUAGCGCAUAUUCUCACCAAGGACAUACAUCAACUCAGUUGCUAUAUCAAUAUCAUCAACCAACUUUACCGUAUGUACCAUCACCUUACUACGCACAGGCCCAGCCGUGCUCUCCAACAUUUGAUACUGGUGGAGUUACUAAUACUCAAGAUUCAUAUUCAUUGCCACCUUUUCCAAGUUCGGUGGAUUUGCAUAUUACCACUGACCAAAAUAGGCAACGGAGGUCAUCGCUACCAGUUCAAAGAUCGGAAUCUAGUAGUUCUAAUGAAAGUCCUAAACUACAUGGUAGUAGAGUUCACUGUAUGCAAGCUUCGGCACCAAGCUCUGCAUCUAGCUCACCUGGCGGACCACAACAAGAAAAUACUGCAUCACGAGCUGCGCCACCAUCCCCAAGUCAACUUUGUGCCGUUUGCGGAGAUACGGCUGCAUGUCAACAUUACGGCGUAAGAACUUGUGAAGGAUGUAAAGGAUUUUUUAAAAGAACUGUACAAAAAGGUUCUAAAUAUGUAUGCUUAGCUGAGAAAUCUUGUCCAGUUGAUAAAAGAAGAAGAAACCGAUGUCAAUUUUGCAGAUUUCAAAAGUGUCUUGCCGUGGGCAUGGUUAAAGAAGUAGUACGAACUGAUUCAUUAAAAGGAAGACGGGGUAGAUUACCGUCUAAACCGAAAUGCCCACAAGAAUCCCCUCCAAGUCCACCAAUUUCUUUAAUAACUGCCCUAGUCAGAGCCCAUGUUGAUACGUCCCCUGAUUUUGCCAAUCUCGAUUAUUCACAAUAUAGGGAACCAAAUCCUAUGGAACCACCUAUUUCAGAUUUGGAAGUAAUUCAGCAAUUUUAUUCGUUACUGACAACGUCAAUUGAUAUGAUUAAAGUUUUUGCUGAAAAAGUACCCGGAUAUGGCGAUCUAUGUCCCGAGGACCGUGAACAAUUGUUUGCUUCGGCACGACUUGAAUUAUUUGUGUUACGCCUUGCAUACCGCACACGUCCUGAAGACACGAAGCUAACUUUCUGCAAUGGACUGGUUCUUGAUAAAAGACAAUGUCAACGAUCUUUUGGAGACUGGUUGCACGCUGUGCUUGAUUUUAGUAACACCCUGCAUUCGAUGGAUAUAGAUAUCUCUACCUUCGCCUGUCUGUGUGCACUAACACUAAUAACAGAGCGACAUGGCUUAAAGGAGCCUCAUCGGGUUGAGCAACUUCAGAUGAAAAUAAUUGGAUGUCUGCGCGCCCAUAUGCCAGGCGGCGGAAGCACGAACGCAGCCGGUGCCCCACACUUCAGUCGUGUCCUUGGAGCACUGCCCGAGUUGCGAUCACUUUCCGUGCAAGGUCUUCAGCGCAUCUUUUAUCUGAAGCUAGAGGACUUAGUGCCGGCGCCUCCUCUUAUUGAGAACAUGUUCCGCGCCAGCCUACCAUUCUAGGCGCCACGCACGCUUUCCCUGCAAUUACAUCCUGAGGACCACUCCCGCCUUCUACGCAUUCUCUUCUAGAGCCGACUCCAUUAUUUUUAUAAGUGUUUACUUAGAUUAAAAAUAUUUUUCUAGAGAUUAGUAGAACUCUACAGGAUACGAUCUCCACGGAAUCGGUUUAUGCUUAUUGUAUGAAAUUAUGAAUAAUAUUAUUAAUUAGUUGUAAGUAAGAUAAAUAAUCUUACCGCGUAAGUCCUAAUAUAUUGGGCACUUAUAGUUAAGCUUAAUUUAUUAUAAAUGUAUAUUUGUGUGUGAUUCCGUUUUAUCUUAUAAAGGUAUCUAUUUAGUAGUCUGCAUUUAAGUUACCGUUCGUAAUCAAUGGCAUCUCGUCGUACAAAUAUUCCUACGUUAUUUACUUGUGUAUUAUUAAAUAAGAAAAAUCUAGUCACAUGACUUACAAAUGUUAAAAAUUUGGCUCGUAAACACCGAAUUUUAUAGAAAAUUUAUGAAUAAUUAAGGUAUUUGUUGAUAUCUAAAUAAGUGUGGUGAGAAUGAAAGAAAUGAGGAUUUGAAAACCUCGCUGACCGCGCUCGGCGCUCCCGCUCCGUGCGUAUAUUACGCGAGUGUUUAGUGUCGAACCAGACCGCAGAUGGCAGUUACCUUUUAGUCUUAAAUUAUUUUAUAACUAUUUCAUAGAAUGUUAAUGUGAAUUGUUAAAAUAAAAAUAUACAUAUAAAGUAAGAGAAAAAGUUCAGCAUUUCUAUUAUAGACUCUCAACUCCAACGUGUCUUAAAGAGUACCUUUUUAGAUAUGUAGCAUAUAAAUUCCCUUGUGUAAUUGAUAUUCUUAAAAUUAAAACUGUAGAUGUAGUACCCUAAACAUAUCAAUGUACUUAUUGAGAAUAUUAAUAGAGUGUGCGCGUAAGUAAAUGAAACUGACUUAAUUUUUUCGUUUAAGACUUAUGUUUAUUCUGUCUCUGCACGCAUAAAUACUAAUUCGACACAUAAGCUGCUGGAAAAACAUUUUAGUCUUUAAAGGUAUAAUAACCCAAAAACCAAUUUAAAAAAUUAAUAAAAUACCAUAAUUGUUAUAACAUCUAUAUUAAUAGUAAAUACGUUGAAUAUUUUCGCCCCAGCUUCAAAAUAUUUAUUUAUUUACAAAUUUAAAUAUAACGCUAUAACAAAGUUAUACGUUAUAAUUUAAAUUAAAUAAAUACAUUUUGAAUAGAUAAAUAAUGAAAUUUUAAAAUUAUAAUAAACAUUUUUUACGAAAGGGAUUAGUAAGUUGUAGGUUUAACGUUGUUAGGAUAAAAAAGAAUGCGUGAUAAUUUUAUAUACUAUAUUAUUUUGUACUUAUAUAUUUAUAUAUAUAUAUAUAUAUAUAUAUAUCUUGUAAACAAUGCAUAUGCUGAACUUUUUGCUCGAAAAUCAAUGCUCCUUUAUAUGUAUUAGUUAAUUUUAUAGAUUUAUAAGAAUAAUUAACUUUUUUUUUCUUUCGUAAAAUAUUGUGACGCCACUACUGUUAAACCCAUCAAACUGUACGAAUCAGAUGCCUACCUACUUAUAUAAAAGAAAGACAUAUAUUUAAAUUAAUAAAAUGCAUUCAAACUUGAUAUACGAAAACGUAUCACGCGACCUUUCCUAGCUUUUGCGAAAAACUUGGUUGUGCUUUCAUAUCAUAACAAAACAUUUACAAAACUAGCAAUAAGUAUUUUUAUGGCAAAUAUCAUAAAAUAAUAAUACUAUAAGACAAAAUACAAAUUAUAUAAAACUUUAUAAAUUUUUGAAAUACAUUCCGAAAGUCAUUUAUUAUUAAUUUAGAUUCAUCAAAUAAAUAUGAAAGUGUUGUUUCGUUAAUAUUUUUAAGAAUAUAAUACUAAAAAAUGUUUAAUCGUUCAGUCACAAUCACAUCAUGAAGUAGGUAAGCUCUGAAUUAACAAAGUAUUCAUUAAUUUCGAAGUAAACAUAGAUCAUUUAGACUUACAUUUCUAAAUAUUGUAAGCGUUCAAUAAACUUCCGAUUUUAAAUGCA